UGUUAAGUGCAUGCUAUGCGCUGUGUUAUCUUCGGUGGACGUGCUGCACUGCAACCUGGCAGGGCAAAGUCAAUUCUCCAGCACCUGGUGUGUGUGAGAGUGUGUGAGGCAAUAGCGAGUAGUUCAGAUAGGCUGCUCUGCUCUUUUCCUGCGGUGUGCUCUUUCCUUGCUCCUGUAAGAACUAGGGCAGCAGAUCAGCACUUUAGCGCCAUGAGUGGGCUUCUCAAGAGGAAGUUUGAGGAGGUGGAGGAGGACCCAUGCUACUCUUCAUCCUCUCCGUCGUCUCUCUCCUCCUCUGCCUACUCCGGCUGGGACUCGGAUGGCGAGAGCUGUUACUCCGACACCCUGGACUCCACGCCCAGUAACCCGAGCUCACCGGCAGCGUCGCUCAGCACCACCUCCAUCCUCAAAAAGACCAAAAGACCACGACGGGGCAAUGUGCAGUUUGAUCAGGUGACCGUCUUCUUCUUCCCACGAUGCCAGGGCUUCACCAGUGUACCUAGCAGAGGCGGAUGCACGCUGGGCAUGUUGCAGAGGCACAGUGUGCAGCGCCGCUACACGUUGGCUGAGUUUGCUAUCGAACAGCGCCAUCUAAGGCGUGAGAAGAUCAAGAACAGGAUGAAGGAAGAAAAGCUGGAGGCUCUGAAACAGAAGCUGACCAAGAACGGUACCCAGGAGUCUGAAGAGGCGGACCAGCUCACUGUGGAUGAUAUCCCAGAGGAAGAAAUCGAUCUCAGCGGUGUGAACCUGGACAGUGGGUCAUUCCUCCACCCGUACCCAUCCAAGAGGCGGCACGCCAUCCUGAAAGCAGCUGGAGUGAAGAAGAUCGACAAGGAGGAGAAGAGGCAGCUGCACGAACUGCGCAUGUCACGGGAGGACUGCGGCUGCGACUGCCAGGGCUUCUGCGAGCCUGAAACCUGCAGCUGCAGUUUGGCUGGAAUCAAGUGUCAGAUGGACCACUCAUCCUUCCCCUGUGGCUGCACCAAGGAUGGCUGUGGGAACACAGAGGGCCGUAUCGAGUUUAACCCCAGCCGUGUCCAGACUCACUACAUCCACACCAUCAUGAAGCUGGAGCUUGAAAAGCGUUUGGAAGAGCACUCUUCUGAGAACGAGGCCGCUUCAGACGAGCAGCCCAAGACGAGCUCUGGAGAUCUCUGUCCGGCGGAGGGCGCCGGUGAGCCGAACAGCUUCCAUUUCAACUCUGAAUUAGCGGCCGCCGGGGAGAACAGCUGUAGCAGUGACAUGACGGACUCUUCUAGUUCUUCGGGUCAGAGCGAGGACUUGGAAGCGGCUGACGCACCUCCGAGCGAACAGUCUUCUCUGGACGUGGACGAGAACGGACUCGCGCAGAUCCUGAGCUUCAGCGACACCGAUAACGACGAAUGCUCUCUGCAAUGCAGGGAUGCCGGCUGCAGCCAACAGCGGAGAAGGACCGAGCCGUCGUCUGUAGGAUACGGCAUUUUCAGUACUGUGGAAAGCGUGGACAGUGACGAUAACGCCUGCACGCCACAAACGGACUCUAUGGACAGAGCGGCGGCGGUGUCCGAACUCUUGGACGAAAACGCCAAUCAGGACGACACUCUGUUUCACAACGGCUCGGUUCCUAACACGCCGUCUCCUACCAUCGAUAAUUACAUGGACCUGAGCCUGUCCUCGGAGUCCGACCUGGAGUUCUUUGACGGCUUUCCCUGUCUAGGGCCCAGCUCGCUGUACAACUCUCUCAAGGAGUACGAACAUUUGGACAACUUUUUUCAGUUUCAGUUGCCUGCCCACCCCAGCUUUCCACAAGUCAACGACCAGGGCACCGGCCUCUUGGAGUCGCUGAUCGGUUUGUCAGAAUCUGUACCUGAACCACCGGCUACGUUCACAGACAAUCAGAUGCUGGAAGAAGCCAUGAAGUUGUCUGUGAUGGAGUAUGUCAAAGUCUGAAGUGGACGGACGUUUAAUAUUAAACACUAUGAAAAAGAGUAUACAAUUGUAAAUGAAUACAGCUUUAAUGUAAUUUUGUAAUUUAAAGCUUUCAAAAUUUGCAUUAGUUGCCUUGAAAAUGUUAGCAGUCUUAUUAUUAUUAUUAUUAUUAUUAUUAUUAUUAUUAUUACUAUUAUAAUAAUAAUAAUUAUUAUUAUUAUUAUUGCCAUCAAAUUGGCAGCUAAUAUUUGGGUUUAAAGUCUCUGGCUGCUGGUUUAAGAAUAUUUGUACAUAUGGCCAGGAAGGUUGAGUUUGAAUUUGUCACCCACAUUGGUGUUACUAAUAUUAUUACUAUUGAUAACGUUUAUUUAUAUGAACUUUACACAGGGCACAGAUGGGAGUCUUUAAAAAAAAAAAAAAAAAAAUGCUGAUUAUGCACCUCAGGGACUUUUUCUAGCUUUUGGAAGCAAUGUAUUGUGACCAUACAUCGCUGUGAUGGACCCUAUUUGGCUCUUCUGAGAAUUUCCACCAAAACUCAAAACAGCAUUUUAAAGACCCCCUUUGAAGGGUUUUCUUUCCGUGUCUGUCACGUUUGUACGGUCUGUACGUAAUCACAAAGCUAGAGGAAGACUCCUCUCGUUCCACAAAACGGCUCAUUGGGAUCUCUAAUGGUACACGAAUCUCCCCAAAGGCUCCUCGAUUAGCACUUUACCUGUGAAAAUAUGGACGAAACUCAAGCGUGGGUUGGGGUGGGGGGUGGUCGGGUUCUUAUACUGACCGCUUCGCGUUCAGUAAAGACGUCGCGCCAUUGUUCGGUGGUUCGGAUGCGUCGAAAAUUAGCACAAAAGCUAAAAGAUACCGAGCGUUUGUGUUAUUUUAUUUUAUUUUUUUUAUUUAACACGCCGCAAAAAAUACAAACAAACAAAAAAAUCUCAUUAAAUACUCAUUUUGGAGAAUCGUUGCAUAACUGUGAUAUCUAUUUACCAUUACUACUUAUUACUCUAUUUAUUAUUCCUUUAGGUUUUUAUUUAUUUUAUAUAUAUUUUUUUUUUUAUCUAUCUCUGAACACCAACUGAGUAUCUGAGCCACUCUGAGCUCUGGAAAAGUGAAAGCUUCUUCGUGAGAGAUCAUUUUGGGCCGACGCUCGAUGCCAUUCGCGUUCACUAAACUUCAAAUUUCAGUUAAAUUAUUUCACGCUUCAUUUCAGUCGUAUACUAAUUUAUUGAAUUAAAUUAUAAAAGAAAGAAAUUGCGCAAUAAUAAUAAUAAAAAAAAGAAGAAGAAGAAGAAGAGCGGUGUUUAAAAAGUUUACUCUAACGUGCCUGUUAAUCUAUGGAGCCAUGGUUGCUGGUCUGUUGUAAAAUAAAAAUAAAAAAGUGAUUAAAAAUGAAAGAAAGAAAGAAAGAAAGAAAGAAAAUAACCCAACCUACCUAUUUCCUAAGAUCAGAACUGCGUUAUUGCCCAUGAUGUUGCCUACAAUAUAGAGAAUUACACUAAAAAAAAUUUUUCUAAUUUAUGUAGAUUUGAGAGAAUUCUAAUCUCUAUCAUUGACAAACUAUUUUAUUAAGAAAAAGCCAAUUUUCGUGGAAUAACGAAGCAUUUGUAAUAUAUUAAUAUAGUUACACAUAUAGUUAUACUUCUAAACUUUAUUCUGGCCUGAAGUAAAAGAUUAUUAAGUCUUUUUGUAAAUGCCUUUUUCAGUCGAAGCGAGACUGAGUCCAAGCUAAAUCCAUCUGUACGAGAACGUCUCGGCUUGUGGAUGUAAAUGAUUAGCUCAAAAAAAAAAAAAAAAAAAUCUUUUGGAUAUAUUCUGCAUAUAUUAUGCAAAAAGUGUAUUAUAUUAUGCAAAAAAACAAACAAACAAACAAAACCCCACAAACAGCAUUUCAGUGCCCAUGUCUGAAACCUAAAGUGAAGGUGGUGACGCGUCCUCGAUGGAGGAAGAUGUAGACAUGAUGUACAUACUCCACCUCCCACACUUAGUUCCUACAGCUUGUGUCAACGUCGGAAAGCUAUUGCAUGUGAGAUUUUCUUCACAUUUUUCGUCUCAGUAUAUGAUUUGCGAGCGCAAAAAAAGACAAAAGAGAAACUGCACAAUCAGAAACGUAUUUGCUUUUUGCCUUCACGUGCCGUUCUUGAACCACAACAUUCGUUUUCCAUUGUCGAGAGGGCACCGCUUUCUGCAAGUACGCCUUGUAAAGAUGUAUCACUCCUUAUGAAGAAAUGGAGAGCGAUGGGUAUUUAUUAGGCAGAAUUAUUGUAUGUUUUGAUCUACGGAUGCUUUCGAAAGUGUUUCUCAAAUUUCGUCAUUUAUGUUGUACAUAUUUUUUUUUCCAGCUUAAGUGGUACUACAGAGCAAAACCGAGCUGCUUUUUAUUUUAUUUUUUAAUUUUAUUUUUAAAAUAUAUUUUCAUGCUCAACAGGUAAAAGCUGUUCGUUUCAUUCAAGUCAUUUGACAGUAGUUUUGUCAUUUCAAAAUAAAAGAUCAGCUUUUUCUUA